AUGGCACCAAAGUAGGCACGAAAGUCUCUUCGGUAGAAGACACUGAAAAAUUGCAGGAAGAUAUAAGCAGGGUUUUCCAGUGGAGAACAACAUGACAUUCAAUGGUGAUAAGUUCCAGCUACUUAGGUAUGGAAAGAAUGAAGAACUCAAAAGGGACACUGUAUACAAAACCCAAGAGGACCAUCAAAAAAACAAAAGGACAAACAUGGAUGAAGAAAUGAUAGCUCUGAGGUGGAAUAACCACCUAACAACAUUAUCUCAACUUCUUUACUCACUGCGAGAAGAGGAGUCUCUCAUAGAUGCUACACUUGCAUGUGAUGGCAAGUUGUUUCCUGCCCAUAAGUUUGUUUUAUCAAUGUGCAGUGAAUAUUUUAAGGAGAUGUUCACUACUAAUCCUUGCAAACAUCCUAUUGUUUAUAUGAAGGAUGUUCGGAGCGAAGAUAUGGAAGCCUUGCUUGACUUCAUGUAUCGUGGUGUGGUGCACAUUCCACAAGAGUCACUUUCUGGUUUGCUCAAGACUGCAGAAGGGUUACAGAUUCGUGGUUUAGGUUUGUUUGCACGAGAGGCAGCAGCAGAUGCUCCUGUCGUGCCCUCAGAGCGUUCAGUGGUAACUGGAGCUUUAGAGCCCUCUGUCAUGAUGAGUCCAGAACGUAAACGUCCGUAUGAAGUGGAUCACUCCGAGUCUUCUCUUGUAAAUUUUUCUGAUGGUGAGCUGGAUGAUACAGCACUUCACACGCCAAAGAAAAGCAAAUCAGAUGAAUCCACAGAAACCCCAGCACCUAUUCCUGAAUUACCGAGAGUUUCAGAAGAUAUGCUUGAUUUGGGUGGAGGAGUGACUAUACAUGCCAGUGAUUACUUCAAGUUCAGACGUACCAAUGCAAACCGGUAUAUCAAUGACCUUCUACGGUACUUCUUUCCCAUGGAAGUUCUAGCAUCGUCAUCUCUCACAGGUGGUGAAUGCUUUGCCAACAAAGACAAGGGACCUUCGAACAAAAAUCAGCUUGACCCUUGUAUCAUCAGAGUUAUCACACAUGAUGCCAUCCGCAACUUUCCUACUAUAGACGAAAAGCAAGUAAGAAAUGCAAUCCGCCGAAAACUUAACACUGAAUCGCGUAUAUAUCGUAGUCAAGAAAAGUUUGGAGGGCCUGGGAAACGCAAUGGUGCUCAGAGGCGCAGGAGUCGGUUUUCUGAAUCGCCUAGAGCUCUAGUGUCAAUCGAGAAAUCAGAUAGAGAAAAGGACAAAGGACCCCCAAUGGUGACUCCUAAUGUCACUGUUGAGAAGGCUCCCUCGAAAGAAUCUCGUCGAACAACAUACACAUCUCCUGGACAGGCUCAGCAGACAUCUGAUAAGGAUGGGAAAAGAGAUAGUGAUACUUCAUCAUACUUUAGCAGACAAGAUAAAUCAAUCCCAAGAUUGAGUGAGCAGCCUCAAGUAUCCAGUUCUGCAACCCCAACUCCUGCAGCAACACCAAGCCUUCCAUCCUCCUCCUCCUCUCCGGCAACUAUAUCUGAUAAGAGUUUUAAGUUAUCUCAUGAAAAUUUAGUUAAGGCUGAACUUCCGAGUGCUGCCCAAUACUUGCCUCAAGAGUACUCUUACCCAACAGUAAUGCCACCCCAUGUUGGUCAGGCAUAUUUGCCACACCAUAUGGCAGCUGCUGAUCCCACCUACUUAAGACGCCUUGAGAUGAGUCAAGGUGCUCCUCAUCCAGCAGCUCUGUCCUACACGUACCCCCAUGCUACACUACCCACAUCAGAGUCGAUGGAGUCUAGCCUUCACAUGUAGGUUGAGCAUGCUGUUGGGCAGACCAAGUGUAGCAACCUUCAGUUAAGCUGUUUAUCAAGAAUAUGAUUAAAGGCAGACCAUCGUUGAGUCUUUCGGUAUAAUCACAAGCUGGAGUGAAAAAUAUUUUAGCUGCAUUUGUAUAAAUGGUUUAGAAAACCAUUUAUACACAUGCUGCAUACUCUUCUUAAUGAAAUUCUCUAUGAUUUUUAUUCACGUGAUCCAUUCUUCUCUUUCCUGUUAUUAUCUAUUAAGAGUUGCAGUGAUCAUUAACCUGUGAUCCAGUCUUGGACCUAAACUAAGCUUUUGUAAAUGGGGACAGAAAAACCAAUUUUUUAUAAAUUUUUGAUUGGGAUAAUGCUGCUAAAAUAACACAUUAUAUUCAGUCAUCAUAAUUAAUAUUUAGAAAUACUUUUGAGACGAGUUUGAAUGCUGUACUAGAAAUAAGGUAUAGAUGAGACAGCAAAAAAUUUAAAAACUGGUUUGGUGUAUAGCCAGUCCAGGUAGGCAUACAUGUACUGUGUAUUCCAAUGCUGCUACAUGGGGUCAACAUGCUGUGAAAAUUAGUUUAUUAUAUUUGAGAAGAAAGGUACUGUACCAAUAAUUAUUUAUUUACAUUAAAAAAUUGAUUUGCUUGACUUUUACAUGUAUUGGUGUACUGUACAUUAAAAGAAAUUACAAGUGUUGUAAAAAUUAGUUGACAGACAAAUGUGUCCAGUUUCAGAUUUGAUGAAUUUGCAAUGUGUUGUGUGUGCACUGGUUUGGUCACUUCAUUAUUGAGAAGAAUAAGAUGAGCUAUUUUCCUUGAGGGAAUACCUCUCAAACUUUAUGGAAAUAAGUAUAAUUAAAUUUAUAGGCAGACUUCACAUUUGAGAAUAAAACACUUUUUUUUUUUUGUAAUAAAAGGUAAUUAUUUCCUCUUUUAA